UCUACAUGUACUUCCAAAAAGACAUCCUCCUACAACAGCGGCAUGUAACACGAGCGCUAAUACGCUUAAAUAUGUCAAUACUCCGGAUCAUUGUUCAACCCGGGGUUGAGCACAACCUCUUUUAAUACGGAUCACCUUCAGUCACGAACAACUGGCGACAACUUUUACAAAAAAAAGUUCUUGCUCUUGGUCAGCAACCCCCGUAACCCCACACGCCUUUUUCGUUUCCUUCCCUUGCUAAGCACAUUCGCGAUGCGUUUAUCAUUGGCUGUCCGUCUCACCAAGGCAGCAGUAUACCAGAAGCCCUUUUCUGUAGUGCGCAGUCCUGGAAUUGCUCUAACACCACUCAAGCAGACAACGGCGACAGCCUUUGCAAGUAAACCACUCGCCAACUAUAUCCAACGCCAAUGGAUUCAAUCGACGUCAACACAAUCGACUGCAGCAACCACUUCUACGGGCAUUGUCAAUGACGACGACGAAAACAAUCAAAAAUCAAAGCGCACGGUAUAUGGAAGUUGGAUCGAUCGUCUUCCCGAAAAAAUCGCACCUUACGCCUUUUUGGCACGUAUCGAUAAGCCUAUCGGUACCUGGUUGCUUUAUUGGCCUUGUGCUUGGGGCGUGACGAUGGCUACAUACAGUAAUAAUGUAUCGCCUUGGAGUGCCGCGUUUAUGUUAGGCGCUAUGGGAUUUGGUGCAGUAUGUAUGCGAGGUGCUGGAUGUACGAUCAAUGAUUUAUGGGAUCGCGACGUCGACGCCAAGGUCGCAAGAACCAAGGUUCGUCCAGUGGCUGCUGGUGCGGUCACUAUCCCGCAAGCCAUCGGCUUCACUGGCCUUCAAAUGCUCGGUGCUUUUGGUAUCUUCCUAACGCUGAACCAAUACACUCAAGUUAUUUGUGCAUCAUCACUUGUUCUCGUCGUCACCUACCCUUUGAUGAAACGUAUUACAUAUUGGCCGCAAUUUGUGCUGGGUAUGGCAUACAACUCAGGUGCUGUGGUGGGAUGGACUGCCAUGACCGGAUCGAUGGAUCCGCUCGUAUGCGCACCUUUGUACAUUGGUGGCAUCGCAUGGACGCUGACAUAUGACACUAUUUACGCCCACCAGGAUAAGCUGGACGAUAUCAAAGUGGGCGUGAAAUCCACCGCAUUGCGUUUUGGUGAAAACACGAACAAAUGGCUUGCAGGGUUCUCGUCAACAUUUGUUGGAUUGACAGCUUUGGCUGGAUAUAUGAAUGGCCAGGGCUUGCCUUUCUAUUUGAUUAGCGUGGGAGGUGCUGCAGCGCACUUGGCGUGGCAAUUGAAGACAGUUAAUUAUAAUGAUGUUAAGAGUUGCUGGGACAGGUUCCGUAGCAAUCAUCAAGUAGGAGCAAUGGUAUGGUCUGGUCUCCUGGCAGAUUACGCAUAUGCUGCAACAUUAGCUGCAUAAUCAACAUUAGUGCCACCAAUAUCCUCGUUACUCCAUCCAUCAAAACCCUAAUAUUUCACUUUUCCUAUUUGUCAAACUCCCUCUCGUUCCAUCCUUUGACAUAUUCACGAUCAUUCAUUCCAUAUAACAUUGACCCCCGCAUACUUUUUUCACACAAGA